GCAGCAGCUCACCUGUGGGACGGAGCACUGCAGGGACAGCCGGUAUCGUCGCUGUGAGUCGGUUUCGACGUGUCCUGAUGUCACCUAGCCUUCAGGUCGUCGCUGAAGCUGUCUGAGAGUCUGGUCUCCAGUCCAUCACAGGGACAGAGGAAGACAAACAAGACAAUCAUUUAUUGCAGAAGAAGAAAAAAAAUGUUCUCAUCAAGACUUUCAGUGUGAAUAAAUCUUGUCCUCAUCCUUUUCAUAAAAAAUUUUGCCAAAACAAAACCGGUCAGGAUGCCUCCAAAUCAUCUCAGCAGAAAAGAGAAAAGGAAACUCUACACCGCUUUGGCCUGGCAGCUGGUGAUCAUGGCUGGGACCAUCAUGCUGGCCUACUACUUUGAGUACACGGACACCUUCACCGUGCACGUGCAGGGAUUCUUGUGCUAUGACACCAUGUACACCAAACCGUACCUGGGACCUGAGGACAGGAGCGCCGUCCCGCCCAUCCUGCUGUACACUGUGGUGGCUGGACUGCCUACGCUGCUGAUUACAAUAACUGAGACCGUGCUGUUCCUGGUCCAGUACACAUCCAAAGAGUUUGACCGGUCAGAGAAGACCGUAGCCACAGGAGACUGUUGUUACUUCAACCCAUUGGUGCGACGGACCUUCCGCUUCCUUGGAGUCUACACCUUUGGCCUGUUCACUGUAGACAUCUUUGUCAAUGCAGGGCAGGUAGUGACAGGGAACCUGGCGCCCUAUUUCCUGACGGUCUGUAAGCCAAACUUUACGGCACUGGGCUGCCAACAGGCCCUGAGGUAUAUCAGCCACCAGGAGGCAUGCACAGGAAACCAGGACGACAUCCUGCGGGCCCGCAAGACCUUCCCCUCCAAAGAGGCUGCGCUCAGUGUUUAUGCUGCACUCUAUCUAGCUAUGUAUGUGACGUGCACAAUUCAGUCUAAGGGCACUCGUCUGAUCAAGCCAGUCAUGUCUCUGGGCUUCAUGUGUAUGGCUUUUCUCACUGGUUUGAAUCGUGUGGCUGAAUAUCGCAACCACUGGGCAGAUGUCAUUGCUGGCUUCAUCAUUGGGAUGGGCAUUGCCUCUUUUCUGGUGGUGAGUGUGGUCCAUAACUUCAAAGGCAAGUUACUGCUAAGUGAAGAGUUGCCAGCUGAGCAGCAGCCCAACACAGCCAUGUUGAACAUGGGCCGAGUGGAGAGUCCUCUGGAGAAGUACAUCGCCUCACAGGAGACUGAUGAUGAGGAUGAGGAGUCUUGCUAUAUAAAGGAGUGUCUUCAAACAUUCCUGCACUGGCUGCAGGGUCUCAACUGGGUUCAUUGUUUCAGAAAUAAAAGGCAAAUAACCUUCAAAGUGAUUUUGAUCUGUAGCUUUGCCAAAUCUCUGGACAUCACCUAAAACUGUUUGAUUUUUCUGACACAUCAAAGUUGAAUUUUACCAGCUGGUAUUGUGGAAAAGCUCUGAUCCUUUAUCUUUGCUCUGCUGUUUUGGUUCAAUCCGUGUUCUUAUGAAGCAAAAAACAAAAUCUUCAAGGUUAUAUUGUCUAACUUCCAAACUCUUUCAUCACAUCCUAUCAAAUA